AUGAUCUGUAAUGCAGAAAGUCAGCUAGCAGUAUUGCAUAGAGAUCUGGAAGACAAGAAUGAUGCUGAUAUUCGUAUGUAUCAAAAUGAGAUUGCGCGUCUCAAGGAGGCAAAUCAAGAUUAUGCAUUAGAGAUUUUGAAGCAAGACCAUAUUGUUAGUCGACUAGAACAAAACCAGUUACAGAAACUAGAAAAUGAAAAAACCUGUAGAGAAGGACUGGAAAAGCUGAUAAGCGAGUUGCGUAAGAGCAAUAAUGAAUAUCAAAAAAAGUUAAAUGGACUUGAACAAGAGGUGAAAAACAAGGAAAAGGAGUUUUGCGUAAAAGAGUCUAAACUUCGAGAAGAAUAUGAUGCUCAAAUAGAAAAACUUUACCUACUCAAGGAUGGAGUAAAAUCAGAUCAAGAAUCAUUACUUUGUGACAGAAAUUACAUUAAAAGACAGGAACAGAGUGAGAAGUACAGAGUUCAACUGGAAAGCGCUUUGGAACGGUACAGGUUGUUAGAAGAGAGAUACUACGCAUUGAAGAAAGAAUCUGACGAAAAGGCUCAUAAAACCGACUCGAAGCAACGAAUUCUUGAAACGCAGUUGAUAGAGGCAAAAGAACGAUGUUCCAAUAUGGUAACAGAACAGCAAACAUUACUGGUGGAAAAAAAACGUUAUGCAAAAAUUGUGGAAUCAAAAGAAGUUGAACUGGAGGAUCUAAAAAGGAAAAAUGACCAAUUAGCAUUAUCCGCAGUUAGUCUAAAGCUUGAAUUGACAAAGCAAGAGUCAGCGCACAGCAGCGAACUGAUCGACAUUUGUCAUGAAACAGAUACAAAACUUACAAAAUUGGAAAGUUCAAUAGCAGAACUACAAAAUACUGUAGAAGAAUUGCAAAAAAAAUUGUCUGAUAGCGAAAAAAAACUUGAUCAAAAAGAAACUGAAAUCAAUGACUUGAAGAAACAAAAUAAACAAUUAACUGUCGAAAUGGAAACUUCGAAACCAAAGCUAUUAGCAGUUGAAGCUGAAAGUCAAAAGCAACUAGAAAAUAUGCAAAUUCAAAGAGAUAAAGCGUUACGACAACUUCGAAGUCAAAGAAAAAAUGUACAAAAUCUGGAAUACAAAGGCAAAGAAAUUAAACAUUUGGAAAAUGUAAUACGAGAACGUGAUAUUGAAAUGCAAAAGAUGAAAAAACAUUACAAGGACACGCUAAAAAAGAUGCAAAGAACAAUAACAACCAUUGAAUGUCGACUAGUUAGAACGAAUCAUCAAAUUAGUGGAAAAUGGUCAACGUCGGCUUCUGACAGUAGUAAUGAAGCAGAAAAUCUUUAG